AUGCAGUCCAGCAAGGAGUUUAAAGAAAAGUAUCACGAAAAGUUUUGUAAAACGGAAUAUUUGUACGACUCAAUUGCGUCAGAUAUAGUGUGGUUAGAUGCCUUUGCAAACGAUUAUAGCACAAUUCAAAGAGAGCCCUGCAUUCAUGCACUAUUUCAUUGCUUUCCUGUUGACAAUGCUGCAAAUCCGAGAGAGAAUUAUGAUGGAGCAAAAAAUAUUGAAGGUUGUUUGCGCUUGUCAAAACAGCUACUAAUUCUUCAAAAUUACAGAGAAAAUAUUAGGCGAAUUCACUGUAGAAAAAUAGCAUCAAGCGGAAUGGUACAUUUGUUUCUUUUUCACCUGUCGGACAAUGACAUGGAGGUAUACUUUAUGAAAUCCUUGAUUCUUGUAUUUGGCAGUUUCGAGAAAGUUUGCAGCAAUCUGUUUUUCUUAUUACUUUCAUCGCUGUCAAAAGCAUUCAGAAUAUCUUACAAGAAAGCUUUGAAUGAACCGUUGAAGUUUUGUGAUUAUGAGUUGUAUUAUGCUGUGCAGUUUCGCCUGGGUCUUGAAGAAAAGAGCAAAUUAUCGCGACAAGUCUGGAUGAAUAGCACUACUAUUUCGCAGUUUGACUUGACAUCAGAAUUUGUUCUCGCCCAAUUAAUUUCUUCUCAUUCCUUGGAUUUUUACAGCUCAAGUACGUCAAAAAAUUUUGAAAAGUGGUUUAAGCUGAAUUUUUCUUUGCAAAAUAUGUGCGAAGAUACUGCUCAAACAUGGAAUGUGGCAUUAAUUCAAUACUUAGUAAACGAAGAGAUCAGUUUGCUACGUUUAUAUUUAAGUUAUGAGGAAUUGGUUUUCACAAGAUUUAUUUUAAGACAUCUUGGGUUACGUCUUCAGCGCUUUCAAUUUCGAUCUGACAUCAAAAUAUCGCUCUUGAGUAUGAUUUCUUCUUUACUUGAAGCAUCAUCUUGUACAGAGGAGUUUAACUAUUCAUUAAGUGUUUCUUGUGUGAAGAAUUCUAAUUCAUGGCAUUAUAAGCUUCUGGAGUUAUUACUUUGCUUGGGGUCACAUAUUCUAGCAGCUGAUAUGGUUCUUUAUAUCUAUGUACUAAGAUAUUUCCGUUUGGCUACUCAAAAUCUAGAAUUAAACACAGAAAUUGACUUACUAAUAAAAGCUUUUGGAUUUUGCUUUUGCCCCAGUCUUUCGUACUUUCCGAAUAAUCCAGCAGUAGCUGAUGAGAUAUGGUCAGCUCUAAACAAUAUGCCACAUCAAGCUCGCUAUCGGGUCUAUAACUUAUGGGUAAUAUCAAAUAAUCCGAAUGUACAUUUUUUAGAACAACUAAAAACACAGAGAGCUCUACGACGACUUUCCAAAGAAAAUGCAAAGGAUAGUGGGAAGAAAAUUGGCAAGAUUGCUCAUAGCAAUCCAAUAACGACGCUAAGUGUCAUAGUUAAUCAAGUGCAGGCUUAUCCAAAUAUGGUCGUUCCAGCGGUUGAUUCUUUGAAAUACAUGUCAUAUUUAAGCUUUGACAUUCUUGUGUAUUUGAUAUUAACUGCAUUUUUUGGAAAAAAUGAAAAAAUGAAAGAAGAUGGAUUGAAUGCUUGUUCUUGGUUUGCUGCGUUAUCAAAGUUUUGUGGAUAUGCAAGCUUUAAGUACGUAGUGCUUGAUAUUCAGGCUCUUCUUCAUUACGUUUUGAACGCUAUCAGAGAUUAUCAAACUGCAGAACUCCUCAUCUUGAAGGAAAUAUUGUUAGCCAUGGCUGGAAAUCAACUGCUCGAAAACCUGAGCAAGGAACAAGUAGAAUCAUUGGCUGGUGGUAAAGAGCUACAGAACCAGGUUUCAAAUGCUUGUAAUGUAUUUUCAAAUUCCAAGGUCAAAAGUAUUCAGAGACUCAGGCAUGCUUUUGAGAAGCAUGGCUCGGACUCACUAGUAAAUCCCUACCUAGUUCUUUUGGCUAGAAAUCUUCAGUGCUUAAUUUUCUGUUCUAAAUUUGAAAAAUUACACUUGCUGGUGAGGGCACUGGAUUAUUCUCGCGAGAUUUUUGCACAAUUCGUAAACUUUCUACAAGUUGCCUACACAGAAAGCGAGUAUAAAGCAUGUAUUCCGAGUGUCCUGAAACUGAAGGAAUCAUACUAUUUAAGUCCAGAUGUAGUUUUCAAAAUUCAUAGGAAACACUUCCAAAUUUCUGAGUUUGUAGAGACUUUUAACUUAGAAAUGAAUACAAGCAAUUUGUUUUCUGCUUCUCAGGAAAAGUCAAAUUGGCACUCAUUGAAUAUAAAGUUAUGUGAAUUAUUCUGGAACCUUUCAUUACAUCAUAUACAUAUUCCAGAAAGGUGUUACAGCGACAUUAUAUCAAAAUUAACAUCCCAGAAUAUGGAUUCAAGUUCAAGUUCCUUCAACCUUGGCUCAAAACAUAUAUUUACUUCAGAGAAAAUUGGUGAGUGUAUUAGUCGUCUAAAGCUGGAAAUGUUCAAUCAGAAGAAAGACAGUUGUGAUACAAGAAUAGCACUGCGUUCUCUGAGAAAUAUUUUUCCGAGUGAUGUUCUUCAGAGAACAGAGAGUAUUUGCAAUCUCAUGCAAAAUUUAGUUUUGCCUCGCUGCAGUAAUUCUAUAUCAGAUGCCAUGUUUACUGCAAAUUUUUUUGAGAGUUUGAGGCAAACUGUACCGCACUUCGACUUUUUCCAAUAUUUUGAUAUAGUAAUGGAGGAUAUAGAGAAGAAAAUAGAAUGUUGUACUGAUUUCGAAGCUGAACAUUACGGAUAUUUCUUAGAUGAAUCGUUCAGAAAAAUUAUACAUAUUUCUUCCAACGAUGAUUAUGUUCAUCUUGUUCAAGAAAGUUACAACACGUCAUCCACUCAAAGAAAGGGUGAGAUGAUUUAUUCACAAAUCAAAGUAAAAAAGAUUAUAAUUUGGCACAGGAAGUUACUUCAUGCUUUCAUGAAUCUUUUGAGAAAGGGAAGUCAGUAUGACAUUCGGAAAUCCCUGGUAAUCUUGAACAAAAUUUCCACUUUUCCUGCUUUGCUCAACCAUGGUGAAGUUAUAUUGCGUGAAGUAAAAAAUAUAUGUUCUUCUUGUGAUUAUGAUGAUAUCAAAACCAUUACAAGAAGCUAUGAUGCAAAUUUAAAGCAGCGUAAAAUAUUUUGGAAGACAGAAGAUGAAUUCAUAACGAGUUCAAUAAGUUCUGUAUGGCUUUAA